CGAACGCUUGCAAUGGGUCGAUGAAUGACAACAUGAAACGGGACAACAGAGACGAGUCCAUUGUACUGUAUACAAGUAGAACGUGAGUUUUCAGUAAACAAAAAAGUAAAAAAUGGGCGCCACGGCCUCGUGUAAGAAAUCCACAGGCCCAGGCUAUUCCGAGGCUGACGAUGCCGUCUACCGCAAAUGCCAAGAGCUAAAGAUGGAACGCUGGAUACAAAUGCACUACCAGAUCAAGCAGCGGGAACAGGCGCUGGCCAUUGCCCAGCAUAGGGAACUCUUCUACUGGCUGAGUGGCUUCUACUUAAGCGCCUUAUACGGCUGUGCCAGCUACUACCAACGGGUGAAACGAGCCUCAGCAUUGGCGCCUCUGCUGCCGCUUACCUUUGUGAUGGGCUACUACACUGACUGGGCUUAUGGCAGCAAGCUACAUCGCAUUCAGGCUGAAGCAAAUAUGAUAAUGGAACAUGAAGAAGAAUUGCUGCAUUGGCCAGGUGGGCUUCCCACUGUCUCUAGCAUUGACGAAGCUCGCGUUGAAGUUGAGAUGGAAAAGAAGAUGCAUCCGCAUCACAUGUAGACACCGAUCUCGCGUUUGGUCUGUCUGCCUUCCUGACUCAAUAUUAAUUGUACUCCAUAUGUACAAGUGUUUCAACAAAUUUAUAUUAACUCGUAUAUUUAUAUUGCUAUUACGAGUGU